GAUGUCACGAGUCAGUAACUGGUGAAAUCCAACACCACCAGCUGGUGGGAGUUGUGUUGGGGUGAAAACUGGUCCCCUUGCAACAGUGCAAGUCACGGCACAUAGCAGAAACCACCGCCUGGAGGUAAAGACGCGCAGAGCUGGAUCUGCCGUUGUGUUGGAGAUCGCUCUGAAAGAAGCAGAGCUCUGACUCUCUGUAUCCCACAUAGCAGUGAAGUUGACACUGCGACAGCCAGACUAGCCGCUUUCCAAGUCAACUUCUUUUUUUUCUAUGCAACUGUUGCGCGUCUCCACUUUGGAUAGAAAUAGCUUGAUCACUGCGCGCCGCAGAGCGCAAAGGAUCUGAGAGACUCAAGUUUGAAAGAGUGGGAGAGAUCUCUCCUCUGGACUACAAUACGAUGAGGAAACACUGAGGUGGCAGUACUCCUCCGUCCACUUUAAGCGUCCUUUGGCUGUUACCAAAGGGUUAGCUCAUGAGCAGGUAUCCUCUUGAGUGUGAUUCUGUUUUCACCCAGAUCUCUGCUGCCUGGACAAAUGCAUACAAAUGCAUUUAGGAGCUCAACGGACAAGGAGUGGACACGUUUCCGCGGCAGCAACGUGGAACUUUCUCCUGCUCCUGUCGGUAUGCUCAGCAGUACUCUCUGGAGAAGAAGACUACCUAGUCCAAGGAGUGGAUAUCCUCUAUCGACUGGGGCUUACUGCUCAGAGCAGCACAGACAAUCCCUACGAAAGGACCGCCUCCCCUUCAACCACCUACACCACUGUUCCCUCAUCUUUGAAUCUCCCUGUUCCUGGAUAUGGGGUGAUACUCGACUCAAACUCCCUUUAUGAGGCUCCAGCAGGCAGUCUGUUCCCGCCAGAGAUUGGUGAGGAGUUUUCUGUUGUGGUUAGCCUAAGCUCCUGGCGAGCGAACAAUGCUUUUCUUUUCAGUGUCAAAGAUGGCAGGGACAGGCUGCGUUUUGGCAUUCAACUGCUGCCACGCAGAGUGGUGGUUUACACUGCAGAGAAGGCCUCCAUUUACUUCAACUACAAUUGGCAGGACGGGCGCCAGCACCCUUUUGCUGUCGGUGUCCGUGCACGCUCAGUGUCCUUCUAUGCAGACUGUGGGGCGGUGCAGCAGCGGGAGCAGACCCUGGGGAGAUCUCAAACACUGGGGGACUCUGGGGGUCUCUUCACUCUGGGGAGGAUGAACUCCAAAGCAGCACCAUUCAAUGGUCGAGUCUGCCAGCUUGAUAUCUAUCCCUCGGCCCAAGCUGCUGCGCACUACUGCAACUACCUUAAAAAACAGUGCCGGCUGGCCGACACUUACCGAUUGCCUUUGCCACAUCCUGGUUUGGAUAUUGAGGCAAAUGACCCCCCCUCUAACCCCUUAACAAAGUCACUUGUUGGAAUAGCAGCUACCUAUAAUACGCCCAUAAAAGCCACAGCAGCUGUCAAAAUGUCCCCAGGUAGUGUGGUCAAACAGCAUUCAACCCAAAGCCCAUUAGUACAACCUCAUCUGGGGGACCAGAGCCACAUUUCUACAUUGGAACCCCUUGCCCUCUCUACUACAUCGUCACUUGAGCCUGACAGCCCCACUUCAGCUACCCUGAAUGGACUACCAGCUCUGGAUCUCACUCAUAGCUCAAUUAUCACCACAACCAAAAACGAUUUGGCCAAAGGGACUAGGCUCCAAGGGAACACUGAUCAGUCUGAGAACAGCACAGAGGAAGACAGCAGCUCUGUGGGCCUACAGACCCCAGAUGCCACCCCAGGCCUGGUUUCCCCAGUCAGGCAAAGUCGUGUGAAGGAAGGACUCAGGAACAACUCCAUCUCCAGCUCCAGGGACUCCCACUUUGGGCCCCAACAAACUCAUCAGCCCCUGGAGACUCAUCCGAGACCCAACAGCACCACUUUGUACCGUGAGAAUCAGGUGGACACCUCAGAGCAGCAUGAUCUAGAUGGCAGCUAUGAUGACGUAGACAUGGGAGGAUAUGAUUAUGGAUAUGAGGAGCCAGACUUCAUCUAUGACUACGAAGAUGGUUUACGUGGCCCCAAAGGAGAGCCAGGUCCUCCGGGUCCUCCCGGUCCCCCUGGUUUACCUGGUCCUUCAGGAAAAAGAGGUUCUCGGGGUCCCAAUGGUCCACACGGAAACCCAGGGCAGCCCGGACCACCUGGGCCCAAGGGUUCAAAAGGGGACCCUGGACUGUCUCCAGGUCAGGCUCCAUCAGGAGACAAGGGUGACAGAGGUCCACCAGGUCUGCCUGGUCCGGAUGGAUUUCCAGGACUGCCGGGCCCUAAAGGUUAUCCAGGGCCAAUGGGACUGCCAGGAGAACAAGGCAUACCAGGACCUCCUGGGGAAGCGGGGGCUGCAGGUUACCCUGGCAGGCAGGGCUCAGCUGGGCCAGAAGGUAACCCAGGGCCUAAAGGUGUCCGUGGUUUCAUUGGGCCUCCUGGUGUUGCUGGGCCACCAGGGCUGGAGGGGGAGAAAGGCAUUCCUGGUCCCGUUGGAAAACCUGGCCCCAAAGGAAGACAUGGUGUGGUGGGUGAUGCAGGGGAGAGGGGGCCUCCUGGUCCUGAUGGCGAUGAGGGGCCUGUUGGUGGGCUUGGCAUUAGCGGCUUUCCUGGCCUGAGGGGGGACCCGGGGCCUGAGGGGUUGCGAGGACUGCCUGGUAUGGUGGGACCUCAGGGCCCAGCAGGACGAGCCGGCCUGCCUGGAUUGAAAGGUGAUAAGGGUGAAGUGGGACAAAGGGGCGAACCAGGAGAGAUGGGGUACCAAGGCGAUAAGGGUGCUGCUGGUGCGCCCGGUCCCACUGGUCCAAGAGGAAAACCUGGACCACCGGGCAAAAUUGGUGAGAUGGGGGUUCAAGGACCACCUGGGCCUACAGGACCAGAGGGGUUUCCUGGGGACAUUGGAAUACCAGGGCCCAACGGUCCACCUGGACCAAAGGGUUUGCAGGGUGCCAGAGGGCCCCAAGGCCCGCCCGGGCCACAAGGAAUACAGGGUGAUGAAGGACCACUUGGCCCACCUGGCAAUGCUGGCCCUACUGGGAGACCUGGAAGGAAAGGCUUCAUAGGUGAACCUGGUCCCGACGGCCUAGAUGGAGAGAAAGGGGACAUUGGAAAUGUUGGAAAAAUCGGACCACAAGGUCCAGUAGGCCUGAUUGGGAUAGCUGGGGUGAUAGGAGUUCCCGGUGAAAAGGGUGACCGAGGACCAGCAGGUCCGACGGGUCCAGUCGGAGAGAAGGGGCCAAGGGGGUAUCCAGGGUUGCCAGGAAGUCCAGGGGACAUCGGCAUGCAAGGUGCAUCUGGUCCACAGGGGCAGAGGGGUAGUCCUGGCAUCGCUGGGACAAAGGGCAGGAGGGGGCCCCGAGGUCCAGAUGGCCCACUGGGAGAACCAGGGCCUGAGGGCAUCAAGGGUGAAAGGGGUGACAUUGGAAAAAAAGGAGAGCCGGGAUUCAUAGGCAAGGCUGGAAACCCAGGAGAGAGAGGCGCUUCUGGGAAGCCUGGUAAGCCAGGUAUUCCCGGCAGCACCGGGGAGAGGGGACCCCAAGGUGAACCAGGACCCAAAGGACCUCCUGGAGAGGCAGGACCUGAUGGAGAGCAAGGAUCUGAAGGUGGGCCUGGUGCAGAGGGCGAACUGGGUGCCAUCGGAGAGCCGGGGUUAAAGGGUGAUGCUGGGCCUCCAGGAGCUGAAGGGGAGCAGGGACAGGAGGGAAUCAGAGGUCCUCCUGGUCCCCCUGGUGAAGACGGUCCUCAAGGGAAAGACGGAGCCAAGGGUGAUCCUGGUGAGCAUGGGCCAAUGGGAGAGCCAGGGGACAAAGGGAUAGAAGGAGACCCUGGGCCCCCAGGACCACCCGGAGAGCCUGGGAAACAGGGUUUUCGUGGGCCAGAAGGAAAACUGGGGCCUCCAGGGAACAGAGGACGACAUGGAAAGAAAGGAGAGAAAGGUCCUCCAGGUCUUGCUGGUGAGGUUGGCACACGAGGAGACAAUGGCCAGCCAGGCGAGGCAGGGCUGAAAGGUGCCAGAGGAACUCGAGGCCCACCAGGUCGGCCUGGAGUCAUGGGGAUAGAAGGGCAACCAGGAUUGUUGGGAUACACAGGUCACCCUGGCAAGUCUGGACCUAUUGGACCACCCGGGCCUAAAGGUGAAAAGGGUUAUCCAGGCGAGGACAAUAAGACUCCAGGACCCGCAGGGCCCUUAGGUGAACCAGGGCCUCCAGGUGAACGAGGGGAGCGUGGAGAGCCAGGGGAUGAAGGAUAUCAGGGCCACGUUGGUACCACUGGAUCUCGCGGGGCUGUAGGAUCACCAGGCCUACCGGGAUCACCAGGCCUGCCUGGAGAACCAGGUCCGAAAGGAGAGAUGGGCGCUCCGGGCUCAGCGGGAAAGAAAGGAGCAAGGGGGCUGAGUGGAGCUCCUGGCGUUGAAGGGCUAAUUGGUUUUCCUGGAUUCACCGGAAUGAUUGGUUACCCCGGUCCAGAUGGUCCCCCAGGACUGACCGGCCUACCAGGACUACCAGGAAAAAAAGGGCGACAGGGCCAGAGAGGCUUGCUGGGCAAGGAGGGACCUGCUGGACGUCCAGGUCCCAGGGGAGAGCUUGGACUUCCUGGACUGCCUGGAGAAAUAGGACCACCUGGUCAGAAGGGGGAGUCAGGCCUGCCAGGAGACAGGGGACCAUCAGGUAUCAAAGGCCUGGAGGGGGCUACAGGUGACCAGGGCAGGAAAGGUGACCCAGGACCCAAAGGACAACCAGGGGAAUCUGGAGAUCUGGGAAUGGUUGGUUUGCACGGCUUUCCAGGACCAAAGGGGCCAAAUGGCGAUUUGGGAUUGAAAGGUUUCCUUGGCCCCAAAGGCCCUAUGGGUACUCUGGGAUUCACUGGACCUGUAGGCCCUGAAGGAAUGAUGGGCCCAAUGGGAAAACCCGGGCCAAAGGGUCCAAAAGGAAGCAGUGGUGAAAUGGGGCCCCAAGGACCCCAGGGAAGUCCAGGACCAAGAGGACCACCUGGUGCUCCAGGUCCAACAAGGCAGAUAUAUGAUGACUCCACACUCUACAGUCUAUCUGACUCUAACACUGCCCUCAGGACAGAGAGUUUCCAGAACACUGAGAUGAGCCUGCCAGACCAGAAUUCUGAGAUACUUAAGACUCUGCGUUACCUGAGCAGUGUGAUAGAGAGCAUCAAAAAGCCUCUUGGUACAAGAGAGAACCCUGUUCGUGUCUGUAAAGAUCUGUUGGACUGUCAUCACACGCUAAAAGAUGGUUGGUUCUGGAUUGAUCCAAACCUGGGUUGUACUUCAGAUGCCUUCGAGGUCUUCUGCAACUUCACUGCAGGCGGGCAGACCUGUUUACAUCCACUGGCCUCUAAUAAGAUGGUGUUUGGUGUAGGGAAAGUCCAAAUGAAGUUUCUCCACUUACUAAGCACUGAGGCCAGCCACAGCAUCACGCUGCACUGCCUAAGUGAUCCUCCCUACGACACCACAGACAACUUCAGCUCCUCUGGCCCCAUACCAAAAGAGAACACCAGGCUUAGGUUUCGUGGCUGGAACAAACAGAUGUUUGAGAAAGACACACUACUUGAACCACAUGUGCUACAAGAUGAGUGCAAGAUCCAAGAUGGCAGCUGGCACCAGUCUCGUUUCUUCUUCCAUACUCAGGACAGUCGUCAGCUACCUAUUGUAGACAUACAGGAAUUUCCCACAUCACAACCCAAUAGUCAGCAACAUAUAGAAAUUGGUCCAGUCUGCUUCCUCUGACACCAACAUCACCGUCCUGUAACCUAUUCACAUAAACUACUAAAACAUAAAGCUGUUACAAAAAUGGCUGCCUACCAAAGAGAGGCUUGAACACGCAUGCUGGAGUGGGUGUCCAAGAGAGUUUGUCAUGUUCGAUGGAGACCAUUAACAAGGCCCUGUGUGAGACACAAAUGCCCAAUAUCCAAUCGAAGGCAGGCCUACAUGGAGCAGCUCAAUCUCUGUGGCCAAAGGAGAACAGUGUAUACCAAUAUUUAACAAAUAAAUGUGUAAAAUAUGUUUUGUUUGUUUAAUUGUCAGUCAAACGGUGCUCAGGUUGACUGUAUAUGGACCCAUAUUACUCCCUGGUCACAGGGUUGGGCCUCACUACGCAGCAGCCUAUCCAAACCGCAAACUUACACCUCCCUUUCACCCCAAAACACACCCAGGCCAUCCUAAGCAGGGGCCUAACCUGAAGGAGCGUACCAGGCCCCUAACUAAACGUUAUAUGAGUGCAAUAGCAUGUGGAUAAUGUGUGACUGAUUUAAAUAUUUCAAUUUCCAAUCAAAGGCUAUAUUUUACAUUGUUUUCAUGGUAUUUUUGUCUUUGGUCCUACCCAGUCGGACCUGUUCAUCUUGACAGAUGGUGCUCUACCUCUACCUGCUAAUUUGCUUUCUAGGAUAGUUGCUAAUGUCAAGUUAGUCUUUUUUGCCUUUGUGUUGUAUGUACCGGUUACAUCCAGAUUUGUUAUGUUGUAUAAGUACUUAUGUUGAUUUGGUCAUUUCUAAUUUAUGAACCAUUUUUUGAUACACUACAUAUUUUUGUAGCUUUUCCUUCUAUGUGGUAGGUUCCUCAGGGGAAACCUAUCAUUGGUGCUGCAACAAAGAAUGAGUCAUCAGUGAGUUUUUACAUUUCCUGUGUAUAUAUUGACAGCAUACUGUAUGUUUAUUUAUAUCCUUCUUGUUUUAUUGUUCACAUUACUGUACCACAGUAAGUUAUACUCUCAGAGAACUAUUUGGUCAUCCACAACUCAGACUAAAGAAGUAUUUAUGUUUAAAAAGUUUGUUUGUGUGUUCACGCCUGCAACUUUAUGUUUAUCAUACUGUUUUUUUUUUAGCUCAUUCAGUGGUGUUUAAGCAGACUGGCAGCUACAGUAGGCCAGAGUCAGAAUCCUUUGAAACACAGUCAUCAUAUUCUUAAGUUAUAUUACCUUGAACAAAGUGUAAUUAUAUAAAUUCUGUGGCGGAUGAAGUUGGAUGCAAAUGUGUAAAUAAUAAAUAUGUUGACAAACAA